AUGUCCCUUCCCAACGGCCUUACUGUUUCUCACUUUCCUUGUGCAGGUCCACCUCUAGUUUGCAAACUCAACAAGUCAAUCUAUGGUCUCAAACAAUCAUCUAGACAAUGGUACAAGAAACUAUCAGAUGCUCUACUCUCCGAUGGCUUUAAACAAUCACAAGCAGAUUAUACACUCUUCACACGGGGACAAGAUCACAAGUUCAUCGCUCUUCUUGUCUAUGUAGACGACAUCAUCAUAGCCGAACCAAAUCUCAAGAUACUCCAUCAACUUCAGGACUCACUUCAUGCUCAUUUCAAACUUAAGGCUCUCGGUACACUCAAGUACUUCCUUGGUUUUGAAAUUGCUCGCUCCAAACAUGGUCUUUUCCUCUCCCAAAGACAGUACACCAUCACUCUACUUGAAGAUACAGGGUAUCUGGGCAGCAAACCUACUAAAACACCUAUGGAUCCUAAACUGAAGCUCGACAAUGUACAAGGAGAACCUUUAGCAGAUCCCUCUCAGUAUCGACGACUCAUUGGACGUUUGCUAUACUUGACACUGUCUAGACCAGAUAUCACCUAUUCGGUUCAUACAUUAAGCCAGUUUCAUGUUUGCUCCUCGUACCACUCAUCUACAAGCAGUCCACCACUUGUUACGAUUUCUGAAAGGCAGCCCUGGACAAGGCUUACUCUAUUCCCCUACUUCUUCUCUUCACCUCCGAGCCUUCUCAACUCAGACUGGGUUGCUUGCCCUCUAACCAGGCGUUCCACUACAAGUUUUUGCGUGUUUUUAGGCGAUUGUUUGGUGUCUUGGCGCACUAAGAAGCAGCCUACAAUCUCCAAAAGUUCUGCUGAAGCAGAAUAUCGUGCUCUAGCUGCCACCGCAAGUGAACUCACCUGGCUGCAAUACCUCUUAGCUGACCUCCACAUUCAUUCCUCCAUACCUGCCUUUAUUUAUUGUGAUAACCUUUCCGUUGUUCACAUAGCCAAUAAUCCUACAUUCCAUGAGAGAACCAAGCAUAUUGAGCUUGACUGCCACUUCAUUCGGGACAAGAUCAAGGCUGGUUCUAUACGCCUCAUUCCUGUUCGCAGUUCCCUCCAACUGGCAGACGCUUUUACUAAGGCUCUCUCCUCUUCCUCUCUCAAUUCCCACAUCAGCAAGAUGACCGUUCAUGACAUACACCGUCCAUCUUGA